AUGUACGUCAACACGGGCGUAUACGAUCAUCAGCUUCGCAACAACGGCUCUCUGAUCGACAGAAUCGGCUCUAUCCUUCAACAGAGAGCUCAGGAUGUCAUCGCUGUUGCUCCAGUCACCAUCCAGACUUCUCCCAACAUGAGUCCUGCUGAGACUGUCAGUCCUGCUCAAAGGUCUCCUCUCUGUGCGAAACGACCAGCUUCUCCUAUUCACUGCGACGUCGACUGCAAGAAGCGCUACAUCAAAGUGGAAGACGACGAUCUUAUUUCUGACACCGAUUCCUCGGAUCAUGGAACUCAUGAGGACGCCGCCAGUAGCGAAUGCAUAUCACCGCUGAUCAGUUCUGGCUCUCUGAUGUGCCCGGAGGAAGUGUUCUGCUCUGUUCCCGGACGACUUUCUCUCUUGAGCUCCACCAGCAAGUACAAAGUCACACUUGGAGAGGUUGGUUGA